CACCUCAGUUCACUCCCAACAAGUAUAUCUCAUCCAGAACUGGAAUUUCUUAAUUUCUUUCUUGUAGAAAAUGGCACACUUCCUUCAAGCUCACUCUGCUUCCUCCAAGGGACAAGUUAUUGGCGACCUUCAGGUUCGCCAUGCAAAGAAAUUGAAGGAAUUGAAGGAGGCACUCGCAAAUAUCGGAGAAAAUGAACAAUUGAUUGCGGUUGACGCCAUGCAACGCCUAGGCGUUGACUAUCAUUUCCAAGAGGAGAUUGAAGCAAUUUUAAAAAAGCAAUGUACGAGAGCUUCUGGCGAUGAAGGCAGUGAUGAACUUGGUGUGGUUUCACUUCGUUUUCGACUACUGAGACAGCAAGGUUAUCAUGUAACCACAGAUGCAUUUAAUAAGUUCAAGAACAACGAGGAAUUCAAAGUCGACAUAAGCGGACUAGUGGGAUUAUAUGAAGCGUCUCAUUUGAGUUUCCCAGGGGAAGAGACACUUGAUGAAGCUGGAAGGCGAAGCCACCAGCUUCUCACAGAUUGGAUGAAAAACAAUCUCGAUGAUCAUCAAGCUUCAGCAGUCGCGUACUCAUUAGAGCAUCCUUAUCACAAGAGCUUGACAAGAUUCAGGGCUAAGAACUUCUUAAAUAAUUUCGAAGGAAAGCAGAAAUGGGUCAAUGUUUUGCGGGAGCUAGCAAAACUAGAGUUCAACAUGGUUGAAUCUCUAAUCCGAAAUGAAGUUCAACAAGUAUCCAAGUGGUGGAAAGAACUAGGCUUGACUAAGGAGUUGAAGUUCGUGAGAGACCAGCCAAUUAAAUGGUAUACGUGGCCGAUGACAUGCCUUGCAGAUCCAAGCUUAUCAGAGGAAAGGGUUGAACUCACAAAAUCGAUCUCUCUUGUCUACAUAAUUGACGAUAUUUUUGAUGUUCAGGGCACCCUCGAUGAACUCAUUCUCUUCACAGCUGCAGUUGAGAGAUGGGAUAUUGAUGCAACUGGUGAACUACCGAAUUACAUGAAGAUAUGUUUUAAGGCUCUUUAUGACAUUACCAAUGAAACCAGCUACAUUGUGCACAAAAGGCAUGGAUGGAACCCUCUAGAGUCCCUUAAAAAAUCGUGGGCAACAUUAUGCAAAGCGUUCCUACUAGAAGCGCGAUGGUUUAGUUGCGGGCACUUGCCAAACAGUGAAGAGUACUUGAACAACGGGUUCAUCAGUUCAGGGGUGCCUGUGGUUCUAACACAUGCAUUCUUCUUACUGGGUCAAGGUAUAAGCAAGGAAACCGUACGUAUUGUGGACAACAUCAACAUAUCUAGCAUUAUAUCUUCAACCGCAACAAUUCUUCGGCUAUGGGAUGACUUUGGAAGUGCCAAGGAUGAGGACCAAGAUGGAAAUGAUGGUUCAUACAUAGCGUGUUACGUGAAUGAAAAUCAAGGUUGUUCAGACGAAGAUGCACGAGCAUUCGUUGUCCAUAGGAUUUCGGAAGAAUGGAAGUUCCUCAACAAAGAAUGUUUGUCUGCAUCAAAUCCAUUUUCAGCAUCUUUUACAAAACUUGCUCUUAAUGUUGCUAGAAUGGUCCCAUUGAUGUAUGAUUAUAAUUCUCAACAUAGCCUUCCAAGCCUCGAGGAGAAUAUGAAGUCGCUGCUUUCUGAUAGUUUUCUUGCGCAAGGCUUAAGCAACCAGCGCAGCCAAGCAUAGAUUGAUCAAUCUGGAGAAGGCAAAAGGCCGCCAGAGACCAUAUGCAAAGUUUGUUUAAUCGCAAUGCUCAAAUUAUAGUUUGGAUUCAGGAGCGCCUUUGUUCUUGCUCUCCUUGUUAGUUUUGGGAGAUGGUGUGUUUUACCUUGUUUGGCUGUCCUCCGAUGAAAUAAAGAAUAGAAGUUUAUGAUUCUCAUA